GGGAUAACGCUGUCACAUGAGCCAGGGUGUGUGCGCAAGCCUGAGGCGGCCCUCCGACCACUGCCAAGCAGAAAUGACGGGAGGAAAAUAAGUUGAAAGCGAAGCCGUAAGCGCGGGGUGCGAAUUCGGAACGCGGCCAUUUAGCCAAGGGGGAGGCGCCGGGCCCGAGAACUGCCCGGAGAGGGGUGGAGAGAGCCGGGGGAGGGCGGGCGAGGUGCACCGGGACUGAGUCAGCCCGGCCCGCACGAUGCGCACCGAGGGCAGUGCCAGGCGCGGUGCCGCCGAGGAGCCUCUUCCCUCCCCCGCGGCGGCGACCCGCGGCCGGGACCCCCUCUCGCGGCGGGGGGGCGGCCGCGCGGCGGCCUCGGCACCGGGCAGGGCUGCUCCGCCCCCCCGCUGCCCUCUCCCGCACCAUGAGGGGAGGGGACGCGGGGCAGCACCCACGCCGGCGGCAGGUAGAGCGCGGGAGGCUGCUGCCUCUCCUCUCCUGCGCCAUCCUCGCGUGCUGCGCCGAGGUGGCGGCGCUCCGGGACUUCUCAGCUGAAUACAAAACCAAAUCAGCCUGUGAAAACCAGGAACUGAAGCUCCACUGUCAGGAGUCCAAGUUCCUUAUCAUCUACUCUGCCACCUACGGCAGCUGGGCACACGAGGACAACAUCUGUUCGGCCAAGGCAGAGCGCAUCCCUCAGUUUGACUGCUUGUCUCACACAGCGCUAGAAGUGUUAUCAAAGAGGUGUUAUGGGAAACAGAGAUGCAAGAUUAUUGUCAGUAGCCAAGAUUUUGGAAGUCCGUGCCUACCUGGAGUGGCAAAACACCUGAACGUCAGCUAUGCAUGUGUUCCUAAAUUCAUCCUCACAGCUGUCAACCACCUGGUCACUCACGACAAUUCUUCCGUGAAGCAGAAUGACGGUGAACGUGGUAUCGAUAUCGAUCCAAAGGAAUCAAGAUCUCCAAAGAACGAUGGCACCAUCGUUAGCAACUCCUUGGCUACAUUUGCAUAUAUUAGAGAUCACCCGGAAAGAGCCGCUCUGCUGUUUGUGUCCAGUGUUUGUGUGGGAUUAAUCCUCACGCUGUGUGCCUUGGUGAUCCGCGUGUCCUGCUUUAAAGACUUCCAGAAACUGCAGGAAAAGAAGGAGCACUUGGUGCCAGAAAGCGAUGGAGUGGAUGAGAGCAGUGAAAGCGAGGAGGAGGAAGAUGAAGACUCCUCUGGGUCGGAGCUGCCAGACGAGCUGGCAGAACUUUAUAGACCUUCUUACUCAGGUUAUAACUCAGCGGAAGCAGCGGACCUGGCUGAGCGGAUAGAGAGGAGGGAGCAGAUCAUGCAAGAAAUUUGGAUGAACAGUGGUUUGGAUAUGACACCGCCCAGAAAUAUGAACACAUUUUAUAUCAACGAGGAAUAAUGGCGUAUUUCAGCCCCCUUUUUUUUUUUUUUUUUUUUUUUUUAAAAAGAAAUGUACCUUCUGUGAAGGAACAUUUAUAACAGUACGUAUAAUUAUUUGUGAAGUAAGAAGAAAUAUAUGCAAUAAAAAGAGAGUUUCAAGCC